AAAACGCAACACGCUAUAACAAACUAUACCCGGUGUCAGCGAACGCAGUUGCAGUCGACCGCCGACCAUAGUGCAUCUAACUCUUUGGGCUACAACUAAAAUUAAGUCGAAGACAAUUCGCCACUGAGCCAUUUUAUUUACUCGUAUUUAUUGCUUUGUGAUCCGUAAACCUUGACAAUCGCAUCAUCGCUAUGUUGGGCCAGGGCGACGACUUGCCGCAGGAACAACUCGCCGUAUUGAAAAAGGCGUUUGAAGCUUUCGAUAAUCAAAAGUCUGGAUCAAUCCCCACAGAUAUGGUGGCAGAUAUUCUGCGUCUCAUGGGACAACCCUUUAAUAAGAGAAUUCUGGAGGAGUUGAUUGAUGAAGUUGACGCUGACAAAUCUGGCCGCUUGGAGUUCGACGAAUUUGUCACUUUAGCUGCCAAAUUCAUCGUUGAGGAGGAUGCUGAGGCCAUGCAAAAGGAGUUGAAGGAAGCUUUUCGUCUGUACGACAAAGAAGGUAACGGUUACAUCCCAACAAGUUGUCUUCGCGAAAUCCUUCGUGAAUUGGACGAUCAAUUGACCAACAAGGAGUUGGACUUGAUGAUCGAAGAGAUUGAUUCGGAUGGUUCUGGUACAGUCGAUUUUGAUGAAUUUAUGGAGAUGAUGACUGGAGAGUAGAGUUUUGUGUGGUACUGCAUUCAUCAUCACUGAUUAAUCAACUUCAAUGGACUUAUGUUAAGACUAUAUUUUAUACGAAGAAUUUGUUGUAAUUAAUACGUGUUGAUUAUUUAUUGGCUCAAAAUUUUGUUGUGCAUAUACAUUAGCAUCUAAUAUUUAUUAAUAAGUUUGAUCUUUGGGAUAAUACUAUUGUACACAACAAAAUAUUUAAUAAAUUUUAACUAAAUAUUGAAA